CGGAAACGUUGACAAAUUUUAUCUUAUUCUCAAAUUUAUAAGACUCAAAUUUAUUGCAUUCAUAGUAAUGGAAAAUCUAUAGAAAGUGCUUUAAAAGGGUUAUUUCCAUGCAGGAAUGAUAAAAUAGCAUUUUCUGUGUGCUGACAGUAAAUAAAAUUCAAGCUGCCCAAAUAUUUAAAAAAAAAUUAUAUUUUUUGUUCGAUUCAUGUAUUUAAUAAUCUAUUCAUGCAGAAGGAGAUAUUAUUAUUGAACGCAAUAUCUUUCUGUUUUGGCAAUAGCAUUCUUUGUUGUGACAAUGGUAAAAGGUAUUUGGGCAAAGUGUGACACAUAGUUACAAUGAUUCCAAGUGUAGUUACUAAUUGUUCUAAAUAAAAAGAUUGCAAUGAGAAGUAAUUUCAUUUAAAUGUUUUGUGCUCAUAAUAUAGGAAUAGUUUUCGUAAUAUGUGCUAUUGAAGGCACCUUUGUGCUAUUAAAUGAUUAACUUUAGUUGUGAAAAUUAUUUUGAAAUAUUGCCUUCAUUUUAGUUAAUAAAUAAUUAUUUAACCAUUAUCUAAUUAUAGCUAUUUGUGUCAAAUAAAAAAAGAAAAAUUUUUAUUUUGAAUAGAAAAUCUAUAAUUUUUCUUCUAUUUAUGCAUUUCUGUUUUAAUACCAAUGCAAAGUGGAUUUAUGUCUUCAUUUCUUGCUGCAUAUUUAUGAUUGUUAUUCUAGAGAUCUAACUCAACUACCCUUAUGAUUCUUGCUCUAGUAACCCAUGCAAAAGUGCUUUACAACAAGAUUUUGCAUAGUAUUCGGGUCGUGUAGUGAUUUAAUUUUUGAAGUCAUCAAGGAAAGAUCCACAGUUAAUACGGGUCAUAUAAGCAUAUAUCUUAUUUCUUGCAUUUCAUGUAGUUAGAAUUUUUCUUCAAAUUAAUUACAUUGUUAAAUCUUAUUUGUGCAGUCUGAGCAAGUAAAGUUUUUCUCAGAAAAGUAAACAUAUACUGCAAAAGUGUUUUUCAUCCUGUAAAAUAACCUUAUUCUUAUGAUAUAUGUAACUAGAUUUUUUUCAAAAAGAAGUCUAACUAAACACUGCGAAAUUCAUAAUGGUGUGAAAUCCUUUUCUUGUAGUAUAUGUAAUAAGAGAUCUUCUGAGUAAAUAAAAACAAUCUCGUUCAAAUGGGUGAGAUGCCUUAUUCUUGUAGUAUAUGUAAUAGGAUAUUUUCAGGUAAAUCUAAUUUGACUAAACAUAGCAGUGUUCAUACUGGUGAAAAGCCUUAUUCUUGUAGUGUAUGUAAUAAGAGUUUUUCACGAAGAAGUCUACUGACUGAACACAAUCAUGUUCAUACAGGUGAAAAGCCUUAUUCCUGUAGUACAUGUAAUGAGAGAUUCUCACAAAAAAGUAAACUGACUGAGCACAUUCGUGUUCAUACUGAAGAGGAACCUUAUUCUUGUAGCACAUGCAAUAAGAAAUAUUCAAGUAGAGGUAGUUUGACUAAACAUAGUCGUGUUCAUACCGGUGAGAAACCUUAUUCUUGUAGUAUAUGCAAUAAGAGAUUUGCAACUAGAGGUAAUUUGAAUCAACAUAGCCGUGUUCAUACCGGUGAGAAACCUUAUUCUUGUAGUUCUUGUGAUAAGAGUUUCUCUCAAAAAAGUGCACUGACUCAACAUAUUCGUGUUCAUACAGGUGAGAAGCCUUAUUCUUGUAGUACAUGUAAUAAGAGUUUCACACAGAAACGUAAUCUGACUGAACAUAGUCGUCUUCAUACAGGUGAGAAGCCUUAUUCUUGUAGUACAUGUAAUACGAGUUUCUCAGUAAAAAAAGCACUGACUGAACACAUUCGUGUUCAUACUGGCAAGAAACCUUAUUCUUGUAGUAUAUGUAAUAAGAGAUAUUCAAGUAGGUCUAGUUUGACUUACCAUAGUCGUGUUCAUACUGGUGAGAAGCCUUAUUCUUGUAGUUCUUGUAAUAAGAGUUUCAUACACAAAAGUGCACUGACUGCACACAUUUGUGUUCAAACUGGCGAGAAACUUUAUUCUUGUAGUAUUUGUAAUAAGAGUUUUUCACGAAGAGGUGUAUUGACUUUACACUAUCGUGUUCAUACAGGUGAGAAACUUUAUUCUUGUGGUAUUUGUAAUAAGAGUUUCUCACGAAGAGGUAUACUGACUUUACACCAUCGUGUUCAUACAGGUGAGAAGCCUUUUUCUUGUAGUUCUUGUGGUAAGUGUUUCUCACAAAAAGGUGCACUGACUGGACAUGGUCGUGUUCAUACAGGUGAGAAGCCUUAUUCUUGUAGUACAUGUAAUAAGAGUUUCUCACAGAAACGUAGUCUGACUGAACAUAGUUGUGUUCAUGCGCGUGAGAAGCCUUAUUCUUGUAGUACAUGUAAUAAGAGAUUUUUACGAAGAGAUGAACUGACUAAACACAAUCGUGUUCAUACAGGUGAGAAGCCUUUUUCUUGUAGUUUUUGUGAUAAGAGUUUCUCACAAAAAAAUACACUGAGAGCACAUAUUCGUGUUCAUACUGACGAGAAACCUUAUUCUUGUAGCACUUGUAAUAAGAGUUUUUCUCAAAACGCUACUCUAUAUAAGCACAUUCGAGUUCAUACUGGUGAGAAACCUUAUUCUUGUAGUAUAUGUAAUAAGAGUUUUUCAGAAAGAGCUCGUUUGACUGAACAUAGUCGUGUUCAUACCGGUGAGAAACCUUAUUCUUGUAGUAUAUGUAAUAAGAGUUUUUCAUACCUUGGUCUACUGACUAUACACAAUCAUGGUCAUACAGGUGAAAAGCCUUUUUCUUGUAGUGUAUGUAAUAAGAGUUUUUCACAAAGUUCUAGUUUGACUGUACAUAGUCGUGUUCAUACAGGUGAGAAGCCUUAUUCUUGUAAUAUGUGUCAUAAGAGAUUUUCAACUAGAUCUAAUUUGACUAAACAUAGUCGUGUUUAUACUGGUAAAAAAACCUUGUUCUUGUAGUGUAUGUAAUAACAGUUUUUCACAAAAAAGUAAACUGACUGAGCACAGUCGAGUUUAUACUGGUGAGAAGCCUUAUUUUUGUAUCAUAUGUAAUAAGAGAUUUUUAAUGAGGAGAAAUUUGACCCUACAUAGUCAUAUUCGUACUGGUGAGAAACUUAUUCUUGUGUUAUAUGUAAAAAGAGCUUCUCACAUGGAAUUACACUGACUCAACACAGGCAAUUUACUGGUGAGAAACCUUAUUCUUGUAGUGUAUGUAACAAGAGUUUUACACAAAGAGGUCAACUUAUUGAGCACAGUG